CAGUCCCAGUGAGUGACAGAGAAAAAAAAAACUUCUCUCUCGAGAGACGAUGCCGUACAUAACGAGACCAUCGCGGCAAACAGAUUACAACCAGUUUCCGUCAAAAACUCCGAUCGUAAUCGACAAUGGCUCGUCUACUUUCCGAAUCGGAUGGGCUGGUGAAUCGAAACCACGAAUCUCCUUUCGUAAUUUGGUUCAAAGACCUCGUCAUAAAUCUACUGGUGAGACGGUAACGAUUGUGGGUGAUGCGGAUCCUACAUUGAUGAAAUACUUUGAUUGUACGCGUUCGACGCUGCGUUCUGCGUUUGAUAGCAAUGUUGUUUAUCAAUUUGAGACUAUGGAAUAUAUUCUUGAUUACGGGUUUGAACGAUUAGGCGUGAAUGGGCAUAAGGUUGAUCAUCCUGUACUGAUUACAGAAUGUGCAUUAAAUCCAGUUCAGUCUCGCAGUAAAAUGGCCGAACUUCUUUUUGAGACAUAUGGGGUACCAUCAGUUGCUUUUGGAGUCGAUGCUGCAUUUAGCUACAAAUACAAUCAACAGCUUGGGAUUUGUGAUAAAGAUGGCCUUGCUAUAUGUGCAGGAUUUACCACAAGUCAUGUUAUGCCAUUUGUCGCUGGGGAGCCUGUUCUUGAAGGUUGUUGCAGAACAAAUGUCGGUGGAUACCAUGUCACCGACUACUUUAAGCAGCUUCUUUCACUGAAAUAUCCCCAUCACAUGAAUAUCAUUUCGUGGGAGAAGGCUGAAGAACUGAAGAGGGAGCAUUGUUAUGUAUCUCAGGACUAUGCUUCAGAAGUUCAACUGUUCCAGACUGGAGACAAGACAGCGGAAGAGAAGAGCAUAUGUUGGCAGCUCCCUUGGGUUCCUCCCCCAGUUGAAGCCACACCCUCGGCAGAAGAGAUAGCAAGAAAGGCUGCUAUAAGGGAAAAACAAGGUCAACGUCUUCGAGAUAUGGCUGCAGCAAAAAAGUCUUCUAAAAUCAAUGAACUCGAAAAUGAACUACAGGGGUUGGAAUUUCUUCAUCAGCAGCUUUCAGGUGUGGAAGAGGCUGAUAUACCAUCUUUCCUCUCUGCAACUGGCUAUGUCUCAAAGCAGGAAAUUGAGUCUGCCAUUGCGAAGGUAACACAGUCUUUACGGAAGACAAAAGGUGAGCAAGUAGAAAUGGAAGAAAAGGCGGAGCCAUCAAAUGCCGAGAAAUAUCCGCUAAUUGAUGUUCCUGACAAUAUGUUGACUCAAGACCAGCUAAAAGAGAAGCGAAGACAGUUAUUUCUGAAGACGACAUCUGAGGGUCGGCAGCGAGCCAAACAGAAACGAUCUGAACAAGAGCUACAGCAAGAAAAGAUAAAUCAACUGGACGAGGAGAAACGCUUAGAAAACCCAGAGCUAUAUCUAGAACAGCUGAAUGCUAAACAUAAAGAGCUCUCUGAGAAAGUUGAGCAGAGAAAGCGCCUGAAAACAAACGGAUCACGUCCAAAUGGGAAUCAAAAUCCUGCAGGUGGUGUUGGCCGUGGUGAGAGGCUGAAUGCUGCUAAGAAGGAAAGAAUGCGCCUCUUGACCACUGCAGCAUUUGAUCGAGGAAAGGGAGAGGACACUUUUGGAGCCAGGGAAGAAGAUUGGCAACUUUACAAACUUAUGGGCAAAAACAAUGACGAUGAUGAAGAUGAACAGGAUGAGGAUGAGGCAGAGCUGGCUCGUAUCACUUCUCGGCUCCAGGACAUAGAUCCAUCAUUUGUCGCGAAGGUCGACGUUAUUCCCGUUCAAGCUGCUGCUGAACUUCCGAAAUUUCGUCCUACCACAAAGGAAGAUUUCCAAAUCAUAAUUGGGGUUGAGAGGAUUCGGUGCCCUGAAAUUCUAUUUCAACCUAACAUGGUAGGAAUUGACCAGUCUGGACUUGAUGAGAUGGUUGGAGUUUCGAUGCGAAGAUUGCCCACAAAAGGCAAUGGCGUGGAGGACAGAAUCACAAGUUCAAUACUUAUGACAGGAGGAAGCUGUCUCUUCCCUGGUAUGGCUAAGCGGUUGGAAGCUGGAAUCCGAAUGAUACGCCCUUUUCAGUCACCUAUAAGAAUUGUCAUGGCAUCUGAUCCAGUCCUUGACGCAUGGAAAGGGGCUUCUGCUUAUGCUGCUUCCUCGCAAUUCUCAGUACAAACCUUCACUAGGGAGGAUUAUUACGAGAAGGGUGAAGACUGGCUGCGGAAGUAUCAACUGAGCUACUCUGUACGAUAAAGUGAUGGUUCUUGUCUUAUGAUAUGCUGUUAACCAAUGCUGAAGCACCCGAAAAAGCAUUCUGGUAGGUGGGCAAAGAAAAGAUGGAUGAUUGCUGUAGUGCUAAUUUACGAAUUUUUAUUUAUUUGUUACUACUAUAGAAUAUUUCAUGUACUUCAGUGUUAGCACUACUCUCGUCUCAGUCAGCAGUUGAUUUGUGGUAAAUCUGUUCUACUUACCCUUACACAGUUUGUAAUAGCCACAGUUCUCUUAACAUGUUGCAAUUGUGCACCCUUACACAGCUUUAAGGGUUUUUAUUCUCCCGAGAUUUGUUUAACUAGAUGAAUCAGAAUAUGCUCUUGGGCACACAUCUGAUAUUUAAUUUUGUAUGUAUCUGCAGCGUUUCAAGUUAUCUCUUUCGCGUGUGUGCUUGUAAAUUGAUCCCAUUAUCUGUAUCAAAUCAAAAACUUGAGUUCCUGUUGGUGAGGA